UUGAACAACAACAAUAGCAACAACAAUAACGCGACUCACUCCCCGCACACACUCCCGACCUCAGCAUCCAUCACAGUAACACAAACAACAAUAUCACAUUCAUCACCAUGUCAGCCCCCAAAACCGGCAUCAAGGUCGUCAUCGUAGGCGCCGGCUUCGGCGGCCUGACGGCGGCCAUCGAGUGCCACCGGCAGGGCCACGACGUGGAAAUCUACGAAAACUUCCCCGAGCUCAAGACGCUCGGCGACAUCAUCUCAUUCGGCUCCAACGCCGGGCGUAUCUUCUACCGCUGGUCAAACGGCAAGGUCGCGCAGCGGCUGCGCGAGCUGUCGAUCGACCUGACCACGUACGGCUUCCGCAUCCACAAGUACGACACGGGCGAGGUGGUCUACCACCAGAAGACGCCCGACCCGAUCCCGGAUGCGCCCGUGUUCAACGGCCACCGGGGCGAGCUGCAUGAGGUCGUCUUCAACUACGCCCGCGACGAGCUCGGCAUCCCGAUCCACCUGGGCCAGCACGUCGACCAGUACUUUGAGGACGACGACAAGGCCGGCAUCGUGCUGAAGAGCGGCGAGCGGGUCGUGGCGGACUUGGUUAUCGGCGCCGAUGGCGUCAGGUCCAAGGCGAGGGAGCUGGUGCUUGGCUACGUGGACAAGCCCAAGAGCAGCGGGUACGCCGUGUGGCGGGCGUGGUUCCCCAACACCGACAUGAUCAAGGACCCGCGCACGCGCGAGUUCUGCGAGAACGGCGACACGUUCAACGGCUGGAUCGGGCCGGACGUGCACUUCCUGUUCAGCACCAUCAAGGGCGGCAAGGACUGCUGCUGGGUGCUGACGCACCGCGACGAGCACGACAUCGACGAGUCGUGGUCGUUCCCGGGCAAGCUCGAGGACGUCUACAAGGUGCUCGAGGGCUGGGACCCCACGUGCCGCGCCAUCGUCGAGAAGACGCCCAGCCUGGUCGACUGGAAGCUCGUGUACCGCGACCCGCUGCCGACCUGGGUGAGCAAGCACGCCCGCAUCCUGCUGCUCGGCGACUCGGCCCACCCGUUCCUGCCCACCAGCGCGCAGGGCGCCACCCAGGCCAUGGAGGACGGCGUGACCAUCGCCGUGUGCCUGAGGAGGGCCGGCAAGGCCAACGUGCAGGCCGCCGUGCGGGUGCACCAGGAGAUCCGCUACGAGCGUGUCAAGGCGGUGCAGAAGACGGGCGAGACGACGCGCGACCGGUGGCACAAGACCGACUGGGAGCAGGUGGCCAAGGACCCCAAGAGCAUCGCCUUCCCUCGCGAGGACUGGAUCCACUUCCACGACGCUGAGAAGCACGCCGAGGAGGUGUUCGACGAGGUCUUCAAAAAGGUGACCCAGCCGGAGCUGUUCAAGGAUGUUAAGCUGCUCCCCGUGGGACCCAUCUCUGUGGCGGCAUGAGAGCUGGUGUGAGGAGGUUUUGCGUGGAGAGUGCUUGGGUGAAGUUUUUGGUAGUGUUGCUGCAUGCUUUGAGGAUGGACGGGGUGUUGUUCAACAGCCGAGUGGUCUAGAUAUGC